CCUCAGCCUUAUACAAGCCUCCUUCAAGCCCUCAGUCAGUUGUGCAGGAGAAAGGGGGCGGUCGGCUUUCUCCUUUCAAGAACGAGUUAUUUUCAGCUGCUGACUGGAGACGGUGCACGUCUGGAUACGAGAGCAUUUCCACUAUGGGACUGGAUACAAACACACGCCCGGCAGACUUAAAGAGUCUCAGACUGAGGAGAAGGCCUUUCCUGCUGCUGCUACUGCUGCUGCCGCUGCUUUUGAGGGUCCACUCCUUUCAUGGUUUUUCCUGCCAAACCAGAGGCACCUUCGCUGCUGCCGCCGUUCUCUUUGGUGUCAUUCAGCGGCUGGCCAGAGGAUGAGACUCUCCAAAUUCCUCACUUUUUUGCUUUGGCACCUGGCUUGGCUGGACCUGGAAUUUAUCUGCACUGUUGUGGGGGCCCCUGACUUGGGCCAGAGACCCCAGGGGACCAGGCCAGGAUUGGCCAAAGCAGAAGCCAAAGAGAGGCCCCCUCUGGCCCGGAAUAUAUUCAGGCCAGGGGGUCACAGCUCUGGAGGGGGAGCCACCAAUGCCAGGGCAAAGGGGGGCACCGGGCAGGCAGGAGGCCUGACACAGCCCAAGAAGGAUGAACCCAAAAAGCUGGCCCCCAGAUCGGGUGGCCCUGAACCCAAGCCAGGACACCCUCCCCAGACAAGGCAGGCUGCAACGCGGACUGUGACCCCAAAAGGACAGCUUCCUGGGGGUAAGGUCUCCCCAAAGGCAGGAGCUCCCAAGGAGCCGUUCCGCCCGCCCCCCAUCACGCCCCACGAGUACAUGCUCUCGCUGUACAGGACGCUGUCCGAUGCUGACAGAAAAGGGAGCAACAGCAGCGUGAAGUUGGAGGCUGGCCUGGCCAACACCAUCACCAGCUUUAUUGACAAAGGGCAAGAUGACCGAGGUCCUGUGGUCAGGAAGCAGAGGUACGUGUUUGACAUUAGUGCCCUGGAGAAGGAUGGACUGCUAGGGGCCGAGCUGCGGAUCUUGCGGAAGAAGCCCUCAGACACAGCCAAGCCAGUGGCCCCCAGUAGCGGGCGGGCUGCCCAGCUGAAGCUGUCCAGCUGCCCCAGCGGCCGGCAGCCGGCAGCCUUGCUGGAUGUGCGCUCAGUGCCAGGCCUGGACGGAUCUGGCUGGGAGGUGUUCGACAUCUGGAAAACGGCCCAGCUGUGCCUGGAGCUGGAGGCCUGGGAACGGGGCCGGGCUGUGGACCUCCGUGGCCUGGGCUUUGACCGGGCUGCCCGUCAGGUUCACGAGAAGGCCCUGUUCCUGGUGUUCGGCCGCACCAAGAAACGGGAUCUGUUCUUUAAUGAGAUUAAGGCCCGCUCCGGCCAGGAUGAUAAGACCGUGUAUGAGUACCUGUUCAGCCAGCGGCGAAAACGGAGGGCUCCGCUGGCCACACGCCAGGGCAAGCGGCCCAGCAAGAACCCCAAGGCCCGCUGCAGUCGGAAGGCGCUGCAUGUCAAUUUCAAGGACAUGGGCUGGGAUGACUGGAUCAUCGCACCCCUUGAGUAUGAGGCCUUCCACUGUGAGGGGCUAUGUGAGUUCCCCUUGCGCUCCCACCUGGAGCCCACGAACCAUGCAGUCAUCCAGACCCUGAUGAACUCUAUGGACCCCGAGUCCACGCCACCUACCUGCUGUGUGCCCACGCGGCUGAGUCCCAUCAGCAUCCUCUUCAUCGACUCUGCCAACAACGUGGUCUAUAAGCAGUAUGAGGACAUGGUGGUGGAGUCUUGCGGUUGCAGGUAGCAGCACUGGCCCUCUGUCUUCCUUGGUGGCACAACCCCAAGAUGCUGGUCACAAGAGCCCCUCCUCGCACUUGUGGGGUCACAGAGCAGUCAGGAAGCUGCAGCCAGGAGCAUCUGUACAGCCUGCCUGAAAGGGGAUUCCAACAGCCUCGCCCACCCUCAGAGUGGGACUUGGGCUACAGGCCCCUUUCGAUCCACAGGCCCCUCUGUCUGGGAUUUCUGCUCUUCUGCUGCUCUGACUGGAGAUGGGGCAGGGACAUGCCCAGGGAGACAGAAUCUGAAUGGGACUGAGACCCAGCAGACCUGGUUUUCCAAUGAGACUCAACCCACGAACCUCUCCUUUCCUGGGCCUCCUUGGACUCUGGACUCUCCAGGGAAUGCUCCUCUUGGGACAGCCGCGGGUGCUGCACCCUCCUGGAAUCACAUGGUGCCUGGUGACUUUCUGCCCCUGAUGCAGAUGCGAUGCUGACUGGGCAGGGGCGGGGGAGAGGGGGAGAGGGCUUGGGCAGGGGUGAGGAAUGUGGGGCUGUUAGACUGUUAGAUUAAAAUGUACAUUGAUGAGAUAAAA